ACCUGGGUAGCCCAGUUCUGGUCUUGACUGCUUCCCUUUCCAAGGACAGUCCCAUGGCUGUGCUGUAAUCAUCUUUUGUCUCUGCAGAGCCUCUCACUCUGAGCUUAGUGCCUGGCAUAUGAAUGACUGAUGACUGCUAGCUUGGCAGAUGAAUUUAGAAUAUGACAUGAAUUUAGAAUAAGACAAUAGCUUAGAGAUUUGUGUGACAGGUAAAUUUAUUAUUCAAAUGAGUAAGGUAGAAACCUGGGACAUGUACAGCUGUGAUCAUCUCUUGGUCAUAAGGGAAAUCAUAUUCCAAGAAACACUACUGGCAGGACACCCGGGUUGUUUUUUUGUAAUAAGUUUGUUGAGAUAUAAUUCAUAUGCCAUACAAUUCACCCAUCUAAAGGAUACAUUCAGUGGGUUUUUUGUGUGUGUAUAGCAGUAUUAAUUUUUAAAAGUUGUGAUCAAUAUAUAUGACAUAAAACUUGCCAUUUAAAAAUGUCCAGUUCAGUGACUUAAAUGAACAUAAAGUUCAUUUAUGAUGUACAGCCAUCACCACUAUUUCCAAAACAUUUUCAACACCUUCAACUGAUAGUCCCUAAGUAAAUGUUGAAUGUAUGAAUGAAUGUUGAUAGUAGAGAGAAUAUUUUAUGUGACCUUGAUUUCUAACCUCUCUUCUAAUUUGUUGUGUUGCCUUUUAUGCUUUAUAUGAAAUAUAAUUAAGAUGGUACUAAACCUUAUCUUAGUGUGGUAAUAUUUGAAAUUCCUUAAAGUGAAAAAUUGGGCAGUUCUUUCAAGUUUGUUGAAUUACUGAACUUUCUAGAGUCUCUAAAAGUUGUAGAGCAAAAUCUGAGUGAUAUCCCAAACUCUACUCUGAUUUAUGAAAGAUACGUAUCCUAUGUUAUAUUAUGCUAUUUAGCUUACUCUACUGCUCUGUGUUUUUGCUUUGAUAGUUCUAGGAUACCCUCCACUUUCAUAUGAGAUAUCCUAACAGGUAUUUUUAAGGCUAGAAAAAUCUACAAAUAUAUAAGGUGCUAAUUACAAAAAGAGAUUUAUUUUAGGUACAGUGUAUUUUGAAUCUUUAGUUUUUAUUCUAAAAUGUUUAGCUUUUCUUUGCCUGUUGGGUUGCUUUUAUGGGUGCCAAGGUCUUCUUUGAUAUCUUUUUAAAAAGCAGUUUGUCACAUUUGGUUAUUUCCAGACAAAAAAAAAGAUUGACAAUCUCCCAUUUUUACAAGGAGAGAGCACCCUUGGACAUCUAUAUGGAAAAGACUAGACUAGGGUAGGUCUUGGAAGCAAAAAAAUAGUUGAAUUUAUUAUUCAAUAGGUUUGGCAGGGGUAAAAUUGUUAAUCCUAAAUCUUCAAAUGUGGAUGGUUUUCUAUGAAUGUGAGUAUUACAUUUGCUUCUGAUUUUGAGCAUUAUAGCCCAGAUACUGUUUAGUUAAUUACAGAGGUGUUCUGGACUCUGGAUUUGGCUUGGACUCUUCUGGUGACCUGAGCAAACCAUAUAGCUUUUGUGAAUUCAUUAUUGGCACUAGUAAAUUAAUUGGGUUUGAGUAAGUGGGCAAAUUAAGUUUGCUCUUAAAGAGCAAACUGGCACAUCCCUGGCUGCUUCCUGCAUGCUUAACAUUUCUUUGAAGUUGUCUUUAAAAAUUUUUCUUAAUUAUGUAUUGUACCAUAAUAUAGCUUUCUAAAUUUUAAUAUGAAUAUUGAAUUUUAAAUUUGUUACUACCAUGUAACAUGACUGCCUCCAGAGGAUGCAUUGUUUAUCCUGGGGUUUUCUGUAUUCCCUGACCUACUGCCUCAUACCCUUGGGGCUUCUUCUCAAUUUGAGAAGCAAGAGACCCAGAGGACCUCUACAUCUCUUGCAACUCUGACAUGGUAUGAUACUUGAAAUAAACUAGAGUUUAUUCUCUUAGUUUUAGGAAAUUAUAAAUCCAUAACAGGGAAAAAUAUGACUGGCUGACAUGCAUGAUUUAAUUUCUUUUCCUGACAAUUAGAGAUUCCAGUUCUAUUGUAUGUAAAAGCUGUUUCAUCAGAAACUGCAUGCAUUUUAAGAAAUGGAUUGCAAAGUUAGAAAAACUCUUUGCUGCUCUCAAUCUUUCCUUGCUUUCCUUGCACUUCUGCCUUUUUCUUUCCUGGCUCCUAAUUGGAUUAAAGACUGUUUUGCCAACCAUGGCAUCUGGAGAUGACAGUCCUAUCUUUGAAGAUGACGAAAGCCCUCCUUACAGCCUAGAAAAAAUGACAGAUCUUGUAGCUGUUUGGGAAGUUGCUUUAAGUGAUGGAGUUCAUAAAAUUGAAUUUGAACAUGGGACUACAUCAGGCAAGCGAGUGGUGUAUGUAGAUGGGAAGGAAGAGAUAAGAAAAGAAUGGAUGUUCAAAUUGGUGGGCAAAGAAACCUUCUGCGUUGGAGCCUCAAAGACCAAAGCAACCAUAAGUAUUGAUCCCGUCCGUGCUUUCGCUUAUGAAUAUACUCUGGAAAUUAAUGGGAAGAGUCUCAAGAAGUAUAUGGAGAACAGAUCAAAAACCACCAGUACUUGGGUAUUACAUUUGGAUAGUGAGGACUUUAGAGUUGUGUUAGAGAAAGACACUAUGGAUGUAUGGUGCAAUGGCAAAAAAAUGAAGACAGUGGGUGAAUUUGUAGAUGAUGGGACCGAAACUCACUUCAAUAUUGGGAAUCAUGACUGUUACAUAAAGGCUGUCAGUAGCGGCAAGCGGAAAGAAGGGAUUAUUCAUAGUCUCAUUGUGGAUAACAGAGAAAUCCCAGAGAUUCUGAAAUGACUUCAUGUUAAUGAAUUUUAAUCUUAAGAAGUAAAUAUCAGGACUUUUAAAUUACUGUGGUAAUUAAAUAUGCUUAGUAUGUAC